UGGGGACUGUACUGCUUCCAGGGCCACACCCUGUUUCCAAUCCCUUCAGAAAGGCUCUGUAGCUCUGCUCUCCAGCAGAGUUGCAACCUCUGAGAGGAGAUGCCAUGACCUUCACCUUUACAGCCCUGCUCUGUCUUGGACUGACUCUGGGCCUCUGGAUCCCAGUGCUGACAGGGUCCCUCCCUAAGCCUAUCCUCAGAGUACAGCCAGAUUCUGUGGUCUCAAUGGGAACUACGGUGACCUUCAUUUGUGAGGAGACCAUUGGAGCCAAACAGUCUUAUCUCUAUAGAAAUGGAAACCUACAGAGAAGAGUUCCAAAGAACAAUCAGAAGCCAACAAACAAGACUGAAUUCUUAUUUUUAAAUGUAGGCCAUCAAAAUGCAGGGCAAUAUCACUGUUCCUACAAGUCUCAGGGUAAAUCAUCAGACUACAGUGAGCCCCUGGAGCUAGUGGUCACAGGAGCCUACUCGAAACCCAGCCUUUCAGCCCAGACCAAUCCUGUGGUGACCUCAGGAGGGUAUGUCACCCUCAAAUGUGAGCCCUCGCAUUACGGUCACACAUUGAUUCUUACUGUAGAAGGACCUCAGAAGCUCUCCUGGAGGCAGGACCCACAGUGUAACUACUAUACUGAGAAUUGUCAUGUCCUGUUCUAUGUGGGUCCAUUGACCUCCAACCAGAGGUGGAUAUUCAGAUGCUACAGCUAUGAAACAAACACACCACAAGUGUGGUCAGCUCCUAGUGAACCAGUGGAGAUCCUGGUGUCAGGGAAACUCCAAAAACCAACCAUCAAGGCUGAACCAGGCUCUGUGAUCCACUCUGGAAAGGCCAUGAUCAUAUGGUGUCAGGGGGACCUGGAUGCAGAAAUAUAUUUUCUGCAUAAGGAGGGAAGCCACAAUACACAGAGCACACAGACCCUACAACAGCCUGGGAACAAGGCCAAGUUAUUCAUCCGUCCUGUGACACAAGGCCAUGCAGGGGACUAUCGCUGUUACUAUUACAGCUCGGCUGGUUGGUCAGAACCCAGUGACACCCUGGAGCUGGUGGUGACAGGAAUAUACAACUACCAUCCACUCAUGCUGUCAGGACCGCCCAGCCCUGUGGUGCCAGAGGGAGGGAACGUGACACUCCACUGUACCUCACACCGCUACUAUGAUAAAUUCAUUCUCAUCAAGGAAGAUCAGAAGUUCAGCAGCUCACUAGACACAAAGUAUAUAUCUUCUACUGGACAACACCAAGCUCUGUUUGUUAUGGGACCUAUGACUCCAAACUACUCAGGGACAUUCAGAUGCUAUGGUUACUACAAGCAUACCCCACAGUUGUGGUCAGAACCCAGUAACCUCUUAAAAAUACUCAUCACAGGGCUGUCCAAAAAACCCUCUCUGCUAAGUCAGCAAGGCUAUUUCCUGGCCCCUGGAAUCAGCCUCACACUGCAGUGUUACUCUGACAUCAACUAUGGCACCUUUGCUCUGUACAAAGUCGGGGAAGCAGACAUCAUACAGUCCUCUAGCCAGUGGACCAAGGAUGGCCUCUCCAUGGCCAACUUCACACUGAGCCACUCCACUGGAGGCCAGUACAGAUGCUAUGGUGCACAUAACCUCUCCUCUGAGUGGUCAGCCUCCAGUGACCCCCUGGACAUCCUGAUCACAGGACAGCUUCAUCACGUUCUUUUCCUCUCAGUGAUGCCCAACUCCACAGUACACUCAGGAGAGAAUGUGACCCUGAUGUGUUGGUCAACGUACUCUGUGGACACUUUCAUUCUGUCCAAGGAGGGAUCAGGCCAGCCACCCCUUCGACUAAAGUCAAAGAUCCAAGAUCAACAGUACCAGUCAGAAUUCUCCAUGAGUGGUGUGACAUCCAAGCUCUCAGGCACCUACAGGUGCUAUGGCUCUCACGACUCAUCUCUCUACCUGCUGUCAUUUGCCAGUGCCCCUGUGGAGCUCAUAGUCUCAGGACCCAUCAGAACCUCUGACCUGCCACCCACAAUGUCCAUACCACCAGAUGGACUGCAAAGGUACCUGAAGGCUCUGAUUGGAGUGUCCGUGGCCUUCCUCCUGUUCCUCUUCAUCCUCAUCUUCAUUCUUCUCAGACGAAGACAUCAGGAAAAAUUCAGGAAGGAUGAUGAGGAUGCCCAGAAAGGGAAAGAAUUACAACUUUCUACAGGAGCUGCAGAGCCAGUAACCAGGGACAGAGGCCACCAGAAGAGGUCAAACCCAGCUGCUGCCACCCAGGAAGAAAGCCUUUAUGCUUCAGUGGAGGACAUGGAAACUAAGGAUGGUGUGGAGCUGGACACUUGGAAACCACCUGAGGGAGAUCCCCAAGGAGAGACAUAUGCCCAGGUGGAACCAUCCAGGCUCAGGAGGGCGGGAGCUAUCUCACCUGUCGUAUCAAGGGAGCAGCUGAACACAAAAUAUGAACAAGCAGAAGAGGGCCAAGAGGUGGACAGUCAGGCUACUGAAUCUGAAGAGCCUCAGGAUGUGACCUAUGCCCAGCUGUGCAGCAGGACACUCAGACAGGGGACAGCUGCACCUCCUCUCUCCCAGGCAGGGGAAGCCCCAGAGGAGCCCAGUGUAUAUGCUGCUCUAGCGACUGCUCGCCCGGGAGCUGUUCCUAAGAACAAGAAGCAGUGACACUCCAGUGAUCCUGGUAGCCUGCCAGGAUGCCUACCAGAGACCUCCAAGAGACUCUGGGAACUUUUGGAAACCUGACUGCACUAAGUAAUGUAACCGUUUGGAAAUAAAGGCAGAUAUUUCUCAAUAAUCAAGUGAAGUGAGAAAUGAAAUGGAAGGGAAUGUUUUACAUUGAGAGCUAACUUUAAUGACAUUUCUCAACAAAGUCAUGAAAUGAGAAAAUUAACAGGCACUGUUGCACAGCCCCAUAAUUCCAACCCAUGGGCGGCUGAGGAGGGGAAUUUGUUUUGUGGCCAUGGUGGGGUAUCUAGUGAAUUUCAUGCCAGCCUGGGCUACAGAGUGAGACAUGUUUUAAACAUUAGCUGCCAACAGCCAGGGUAGAAUACACUUGAAAUCCCAGCCUUUUAGAAGAGUGGAAAGGAGGGUCAAGAGGUCAAGGCCACCUUCAGCUACAUAACCUAGGAGUAAGAGAUCAUCCUGGAACACAGUAGAUCUCUUCUUAAAAUGAAUAAAUAGGCCAAACUUAGAAGUGUACGCUUUCAUAACAAUUGAAAUGUAAACAAGAAAUACCCAACUUAAUAAAGAUGGAGGGGAAAAAAAAGAAGUGUAUGCUUCAAUCUGAGCUCUAAGAAGGUAGAGCAGGCAGAUCUCUCUGUUUGCUCAGUGAGAUGGCUCAGUAGGUAAAGGCUCUUGCCACCAGGACUCUUAUACUAAGCUCAAUCAUCAGGAACAGUGGAAGGAGAAAACUAGGAGAAUUUUUCUCUCACUUCCACCUAAGUCCUGAGUGUCUUCCCCACGCAAUAGGUAAAUAAGACAAUUAAAAAGUAGACAAAAGGGCUGGAGAGAUGGUUCAGUGGUUAAGAGCACUGACUACUCUUCCAGAGGUCCUGAGUUCAAAUCCCAGCAACUACAUGGUGGCUCACAACCAUCUGUAAUGAGAUCUGAUGUUCUCUUCUAGUGUAUCUGAAGACAGCUACAUUGUACCUUAAAUAAAUAAAUAAAUAAAUAAAUAAAUAAAUAAAUAAAUAAAUAAAUAAAUUGUAGGCAAAAAUAACAAAUGAAAGCUUGGUAUGGUGAUGUAGACCUGUGAUGGCUGGCCUCAAACUUGCUGUCCCCCUGCCUCAGUUCCUGGCAUGUACAACCCUAUAUUUACAUUAUUUUCUUAAAGAUAUAUUUUGUUUUAUUUGUGUGUAUGUGUGUGUGUGGGCACAUGCGCACACGCGUGCGCGUGUGUGUAUGUAUUCCAUGUGUAUAUGAGUGCCCUUGGAGGACCAAGUGGACAUUGGAGCUAGAGAAAUAUUAUUUUUGAGUUGCACACUGUUGGUGCUGGGAUCGAAACUCAGGGUCUCUGCAGAAGCAGUGCAUGCUCUUAACCAGAUCCAUCUCCUCAGCCUCCCUAUAUUCGUUUAAAGUUGUAACAACAGAACACUACAAUUUAUUAGGAACAUCUUAGGAGAUGUACUUAAAAUGGACAGAUCCCGGGGGCUGGGGAUUUAGCUCAGUGGUAGAGCGCUUACCUAGGAAGCGCAAGGCCCUGGGUUCGGUCCCCAACUCCGAAAAAAAAGAACCAAAAAAAAAAAAAAAAAAAUGGACAGAUCCCUUGACGUCAAUAAGUUAUUUCUAUUGCUUAAUAAAUACAAAAUCUGAGUUGAUUUCAACACAUUAAGCAUGCUGCCACUAGAAUAGUUCCCCUUUGGAAACUCUCUUUCAGGAAGCUUUGCUGGUGAUUUUUCCACAUGUUUGUGUAUUUGAAAUACAUUCUCAAACUACAAAAAGAGGAAACAGAACCAAACAUAGUUUAUCAGACCAGGAAAUAAUCAUUAAAAAACCAACACGGAAACUAGAAGCUCUUUCACAGAACCCUAGAUGUGAUACCUUAAAAAUUAAUUUAAAAAUUCAAAAUUAAGGUUCAAUAACCUUUUUUAAAAGGAUUAUCACCACACUGGGGUUUGAUUUUCUUCUUUGUUGUGUUUUAAUAUUGGUUUCAAAAACAGCAAGUUGCUUAAAAUGUAAAAGUUGCUUGGUCUGGUGGCACAGUCCUAAGAUCCCACCUACUUUGGAGGCUGAGGCGCAAUGAUUGAAACUACAAAAUCUGCCUUGGCUACUGGGUGAGUUCAAGGCCCUUCUGUACAACUUAGUGAGAUCCUGUCCCAAAAUAAAAGGCAAAAGCAGGGCUGGGUUGUAGCCUUUCAAAACACUAAACUCUAUCCCCAGUAGGUGUAUUUCUGGGUCUUCUGUUACCUUUUCUUUUCAUUCUUUUCAUUCAUCAGAUAUGAUGCUGUAGCCCUGUCUGGCCCCAAACUUGAUAUUUAACUGUUGUGACCUUGAACUUCUGGUCAUCUUGCUCCACCCUCUAAAUGCCCAGUUCACAGGUUUGUGCAACCUUGUCGAGCUGUGUCCUUUUGUCUGUUCUGUGCCUGGUUUUGUGGCAAUGACACUGGUUAUAUUGCUGUGGUUCUAGAUUAUAAUAUGAAGUUGGGUAUGUUGAUACGUCACUAUUUAGAAUUGGUUUGUGUUGUUUUUUUGUUUGUUUUUUUCAUGUACUUCUUAGGUUUUUGGCUGUGUCCUCUGGGUCUCAUGUGUAGCCCUGGCUAACUCUGUAGACUAGACUGGCCUCAGUCAUUGAUUGCCCUUCAGAAUGUUGGGAUAGGUAUCCAUUACCACACCCAGUUUAGGAUUUCUAGUUCUAUGAACAAUGUCAUUGGAAUUUUGAUAGAGAUUCUAUUGAAUUUCUACAUUGCUUUGGUUCAGACAUUUUAUAAUGGUGACUCAUAAACACAGUACCCUUCCCAUCUUCCAGUGUCUACAAUUUUACCUGUUGUGCAUGUGGGUGUAUGCAUGUUUGAAUACAUGUGAAGUCGAAGCAACUCUGGAUGUCUUUCUCAAUGAUUCUCCAUCUUUUUGGAAGGAGGGGGAAGGUUGGGUAGGUUGGGUGGCCAGGGAGCUCCACCUCCACCUCCCCAGCACUGGGACUAGUAAAGCAAUACUUUUUCACACAAUAUAUUUUGAACAUUCUUUCCCCUCCCAAGCACCCAGCUUUUAAUGACAGUGCUGUGUACCCAAAUUCAAGUUCACUUUUGUACACUGAUGACUGAGCCAUCACUUCUGCCUUUGAACACUUUUUCCCCAGUUUUAGCAACUUUCGCUGUGUCUUUCACCUCAACUGGGUUUAGAGGCUAAAUUCAUGAAUUUUUUUUCUUUUUUUUUUUUCGGAGCUGGGGACCAAACCCAGGGCCUUGCGCUCGCUAGGCAAGCGCUCUACUGCUGAGCUAAAUACCCAACCCCAAUUCAUGAAUUUUUAACUCAUAUUUUAAUACUGAAGCUAUUAAGACUCACUCGUUUCUAGCCAAGAAAAAAAAAAUUGUCUCUUUUAAUUCUACAUGGGGACAGCUUCUUCCUUUGAAAAAGCUCCAGUGUGGGCUAGGGACAGACUUCCAAAUCCCUGCAGCGGUAGAGUCCAAACUCAGAUAUAAACCUGUUGAGAACUACCCACAGGCAGUUACCACCCAAUAUUCCAGAGCUGUGUAUAGAGAAUCAAUCAUGCUGAGUGGAGAAUGAGGGCAGGACAGGCAACAUGGACAGGUGUAGAUGGGUAAGUAGUUUCUGAUAAAAGGAGAGAUUAAUCUCCAUUGUGAAUGUCUAUCUGAAGGGUCUUGGGAAAAAUUGGUGCCAGGUCCUUCCUAUUCACUCCUGUUGAUGCCUAGUUGUACCAGUUUACUUCUGAAGGGGCCAGAAAUUGAGGGGUCUCAAGUCUAACCCAAACCUUGUUGAAUGUGCUUAGACACAUUUCACUUUUUUUCUAGACACGUUUAAUGAAAUAUUCUCAAGUUCCUCAAGAUAACUCACAUGGAAAAAACUUCAAAAGGAUGCCAUAAUUAGUAUUGAGAAUUUUUUAAAGGUUUAACUCAUCACUAGCUCCAGGAACUCCUGGAAACUAUUGAUACUAAUUUGACAUUUACUUUCCAGAGGCAAGAUUAGCCCAAACCUUUUUGCUUGUUUACUCUCCCUCACACUGUGUGACAGCAACUCUUGAACAAAGGUAAUAAGGAGCCCUUAGACCACAGCAGGCUCCCAUGGAGCACCCUAGCAAUGAAAUCUAAUGUUAACUGGAGUGCCCUGUUGAAGGCAAAGCCACUUUCCAGCCCUGACUUCUCCCUAACACCACAACCACCCAACACCUGUCUGUAUCACAGGUCCUUGGAAUACUAAAGAAUCAAGGAAACAAAAGACCCCUGCUUUUACAGAGGACUCAAUUCAACACACUCCAAAACUUUCAAGCUUCCCCCAACUACUCCACACUGGCUGCUAUCCAGUCUCUAUCAGUAAGGUGUUUUGCCAUUUUUUCGGGUCAAGGGUCAAAGCCCUAAAACAGAAUGCAGAAUGUUACCAUGAACUCUCAGCCCUGAUAAACCCUAGGCUGCCUGGAGAUUACUUUAAUGACAGCUUGUUUUGGAAGGUGACUGCUUCCUGAUCUACCCAAAUCACAUCCUCAUGUAGCCCAUCAAUGUGACUUAACCAUGGAAGGAAUUACCAUCAGCCAAACCUCUAGAUAGGGAUCAUUUGCCAUUGCCUGGAGACUGAGCCAGCUUCACAGUACUUUAACUGACUUGACUCCUCAAGAAAGGACUAAAAUACAGAAGUAGCAAAACAGCUGUCCUUAUUUUGACAGUUCCUUUUUUCAGUUUCAAGCAGCUCUUAUUUCCUCAGAGUUCACACGGCAUAUCCGCUUAUCUUCCCAUCUGACUCAAGCUUCCCAGCAAGGCAAAACAGAAAAUGAGGAAGCCAAGCCUCUCUCCUGACCAUGACAGCAAAGCUUUAGGUAAAAAAUUUCUUAACUAGCCCUGGGCAAACGUCUCACUAGCUUAUUUCCUGCUCACCAAAACCACAUCUUGAGACACACAACUUACAAAACAAAAUGCACCCUGCAAGCUUUCUCACUAGGCUGGAAUCUGGCUCCAAAUGGAUAGGUUUAUAAUGCUUUCCACUGCAUCACAGGGCAGGUAACAUGUCCAGUGUCUGCUGCCUUGGGAACAUUUAACAAACUAAUAACUCCAUAGACCACUUUGUCACCUCAACAUUGACUUCUUCACAAGGUGUACGGCUUGAGCCACAGGGACCCUUGCAUGCGGCCUACAUGUAGUGCUUGACCCAACUAUAGAAGUUGCACUCACCACAGAGCACACCAAUAAACCAAGUAUCAAUUCUGUUUUAUUUGUUAACUGGAAAACUAGACAAUCCUCCAGUGCAACAAGAUAUUAAUUAAUCCUCUUCCUCAUCAUCACCAGCUCCAGCACCACCCUGGCCUUUCUUGGCAUUCUUCCUCUUCACUCUGCCUGGGCGGCCGCCACCAUAAGGAGAACGGAGGGAGAAGUCAAUGUGCUUCUGAGAGUCCAGGCGAACAAUGAAAGAUGGAAUGUUCACCACCUGCUUGCGGACCCUGAACAGGAAGAAAAGGUUAAGAAGACAAAGUGAGAGGCUGAACCAAUUGUCCUUUGACAGCAGGCUCACAAGUACUCCUGACCUCACUGACUCAGAUCUCUUAUGACAACCUGUAAACCAGUUUGCUUCUUGACCACACUGUACUGUCAUGUGGCCUCAAACCACCUCAGACAAGAGUCUAUCUCUGCCCAUAAGUGAAAGCUGGUGAGGAAGAAAUUUGAGACUACAUUCUAUAUAACUGUCAUGAUUGGUGUUCAUUUACAGAAGGGUUAAUGAGUAUGCAAGUUCCAUUUACCCUAGAGUCUUUGCACUAGUCACUUCAGACAGGUAGAUAAUCAACUGGUAAUUUAACAAGUAGGAAUAUAGCAAUGAAUGUCUCUACAUUGUACCUCACAUGGCAAACUCCAUGUGACUACUUUGUCACCUCAACACUGACUCCAAACAAUCCUCUCCCUCCAAGGGGUCACCAAGAGCUGUUACCUGUCCAGCUGCUUGCAUGCCUGGCAGACACCUUCACAAGGUGUACGGCUUGAGCCGCAGUGACCCUUGCGCUGGGCUAUGGGGAAACAAGGCUGUCCCCAGUUCCCCCAUAAGCUGCUUGCACGAUUCUGAACCCUCAAGGGUAAGCUCACAUUUGUCAGCUCCAAAGGCUGCACAGGAGAUAGGGAUGGCAGCUUAGCAAUGGGAACCAACAGCACAGAUAAGGAAAUAAAGAUUUACAGGCCCAGCUGCAGCUUACCUGAUGUGACGUUGGCGGAUGAGCACACGGGCAUGGUGAAUAGAUUUGGCCAGGCCCAGCUUAAAGACCUGGGUCUGCAGCCUUCUCUCCAAGAAAUCCUCAAUCUUCAGGCCCAGAAUGUAAUCCAGCUUCAUCUUGCCCUCAUCCAGCACCCCAAUUCGAACAAGUCGUCUCAGCAGAGCGUUGCCUAUGAUGGGGGGACAUGACCUCAUGAGACCUGACCUCAGACUUCCUCAGUGCUCCCUUAAGGUAGAACACUCAUUUCUGUAAAAGCUCAGGAAAAAUGUCAGUGAAGUACUGAAUAACUUUCCUUCGAAGAGCCCUAGGCUUGAGACACUGACACAGCCACUGGGCCACCCUUUUACCAAUAGGCACCCCACAGGCUUACAACCUUUCAUUCAGCCUUUAACAUAAGAGCUCUAACUUUCAACUUUAAAAACAAAUUCUACUUUCACAACAUGAAUCAGUGUCUGGGAGGCUAGGGCAAGCAGAGCUCAAAGUUUAUCUGAACUACACAGUACCACAAGGCCAACUAGAUAAACACACACAGCCCACACCUAUUCCUAAGACUUUUCUCCCAGGACUUAAAUGAACUGUCCGUGCAGGCCAGUCACCUAAUAAGAAACUAAGUAUGGAGAACCAAACCACAAAAUACACCAUCUACUAUCUUCUUCCAGAUCCCUAAAAUAUAGGGCUCACUCUCUAAUACCCUAUAAACACUAGUCAGAUGCAGAUACAAAAAUAUGUCACCCAGAAGAGUAUACCAUUACUCUUAUACCAUCUAAAACUAAAUAAACAUCCAUUGUUAGACAGAAACAGAAGUGCACCUCCUACUGUUAUUCUUUGGCCUCCAUUUGUCCAAAGCAGAUAGAUGGAGCCAGAAUUCUAGAAAGUAACUCAUAAAAAGAAUCCUUGUGGUAGGAUGGCAUAGAGGGUUUGAGGGGAAACCGGGAAGGGGGAUAACGCUUGAAAUGUAAAUAAAGAUUACCAAUUUAAAAAACAGACCCUUCCUAGCAGUCACUACUACGUGGGAAAUGCUGGAUCUGAUGAAUUAAAUCAGUGCCAACUCCAAAACUCUAGAACUUCCCCUCCUAACCAUGGCUAGAUGGUUUCACUAUGAUUCCUGGGAAGCUGCCUUGGCCGACUUUCAUUCCCGCUCAAUAAAACUGAAAAAAAUUCUCAUACCUGAAGCUCCCAUUCUCAUGUAACUCUGAAACAUCAAUCUCUAUUAAAGUCUGUUCGAAAAUUCUAAGUCACGCAAGGAGGCUCAAACCUGCAUACCCACCAACACCCUGUCUCAAAUAAUCCCCAUUAGCCAAACUUGUUCAGUGUCACACCUCCCAGUGGUUAAAAGCACUGACUGCUCUUCCAAACGUCCUGAUUCAAAUCCCAGCAACCAGAUGGUGGCUCACAACCAUCUGUAAAGGGAUCUGAGGCCCUCUUCUGGUGUUUGAAGACAAUGCAGUAAUAUACGGGAAGGAAGGAAGGAAGGAAGGAAGGAAGGAAGGAAGGAAGGAAGGAAGGAAGGAAGGAAGGAAGGAAGGAAAGAAAAUGGGCUCAUACACACCUUCAAACAGACGCCGAGGAUCCUUCUCGUCCAGCGUCAACAGCUCCCGGGCAGCCUUACGAAUCUUCGCCAGGGUAAAUUUGACCCUCCACACCUCACGUUUGUUCCGGAGCCCAUACUCUCCUGCACGUGGUUGGGAGGAAAUCAUAGGGCCAGAACCAUGAGUUAGUAACAUUUGCAUGGGGACUGGAGAACACAAAACUAAUCUAAAACGCUAUCCUCUGUGGAUCUCCAGAGGAUUUUCACAUCCCAUAGGAUUCUCCAGAACGAACACGUGGGAGAGAGACAUCAUGGCUACCUAACUCUUCCCCGAUCCGCAAUCCAAAAUUCUACCCACUCACCAAUCAACUUUAGCUCCUGGUCGAGACGCGAUUUCUCGAAGGGUCUCCGUGGGGUCACAUAGGUUUUGCGACAAACCCAGCUUCUGGCGACCGGCAUGUUGACUAGGCUAGGCCCGCUGCGCCUGCGCAGUAAAGAGUCGUUUUUAAAAAAAAACAAAAAACAAAAAAAACCAAUGUAACCUUGUUGCGCAUGUGCAGCAAACCCCCUCUAGGACAUGGCGGCACCACCUCGGCUCUCGGGAGAACCUCCUUUGAAAAUAUGAAACUGGGAUUGUUCCAUAUCCGAGUUCUAAUAACUUCCAGUCACCUUCUUCCCACCCCCUCUUCCUCAGCCUGUUCGUGAAAAUUAGAAUGGCUCCGCUACCUUACACUAUUACAACCCCACCCCAUAAAAAAAGGAGAACUCGAAGUAACCAAGACGCUCACCUACGAACUCAGGCCCGUGACAAAGAGAAACGUGGCCGCCGGAUCGCGCCCUUAUAGCAACGUCGCCUGUCGUGAUGUCAUCACGCACCGCUUGCGGCUGCGCCAAUCAAAAGCGGAAAAGCAAUAGAGACGAGCAGGUGGGCCAGAGCGGCACUUUGCUGGGCGGACUUACCAGCGAAGUGAUUGGGCGAUUGAAGAGCUAUGGUAACAUCUUGGUUAUUUCAAGAAUUAACGAGGCUGCCCCUUCUAGGGCGAAAGCAUUGAUUGAGUAAUCACAGUUGUCACUUUUUGUUUUAACAAAGACUCUUAGUAUAAACUUACAGGGAAUUCAGGGCAGCAGCCAAGGUUCCCGACCACCUCAAUCUCGUGGCGAUGCCCUUGCCUUUAAAAGUGCUAAGAUUUGGGAUUUGGGGAUUUGGCUCAGUGGUUGAGCGUGGGUUCGGUUCCCAGCUCCAAAAAAAAAAAAAAGUGCUAAGAUUUUAGGUGUGAGCCACUAAAUAUAAUUUAAAAAAACAUAAUAUAUUAUAAAAAUAAAAUAAAUACAUAAGUCGUGUUGGGCUUAUUUUAAAUAUGCAUAUUGUGCUGGUUCAUUUUGACAGCUUGACACAAACCUAGACAUAUGUGGAAAGAGAAACUCAUUUAAGAAAAUGCCUCCAUCACCUUGGCCUAUAGGCAAGUCUCUCCUAAUCUAUUUUAUUUAUUGUUUUUAAUGCAGGGUUUCCCAUCAAACGACCAUAAAUUCCUGAUCCUUCUACCUAUACCUCCCAAGUGCUGGAAUUACAAUCUACUUUACAGGCUGGCCUCAGACUCAGACAUAAUGUCCUUGCCUCUGUCUUUGAAUAGUAGGACAGGCCUAUACCACUAGGCCUAGCUCAGAUAUUUUUAUUUUAGCCAGUAUGAUUGGUAAGAAUUUACACUUGCAUUUGUAUACUCAGAAGGCAAGGAUCUUGCUCAUUUAGUCUGGGAGGACAGUCUGGUAGGUACAGGGAGUCAGACUAGUUUACUUUCUGUGUCAAACAUUUGCUUUUUAAUUUCUUUUAAAGAUGUAUUUAUUUAUUUAUUUAUUACAUAUAAGUACACUUUCCCUGUCUUCAGACACACCAGGAGAGAGCAUCAGAUCCCUAUUACAGAUGGUUGUGAGCCACCAUGUGGUUGCUGGAAUUUGAACUCAGGACCUCUGAUAGAGCAGUCAGUUCUCUUAACCACUGAGCCAUCUCUCCAGUCCUGGUUUUUAAUUUUUAAAAAUGAUUUCUUUAAUGUUUGCAAGUACUUUUCUUACCUAUAUCCACACAAAUGCCCCCUGUGUGUAUCUAGGACCUUCAAAGGACAUAAGGAGUUGGAUGCCCAAAUACUAGAGUUAUGAGCCUUGUAUGUGCUGUGAACAAAACUUGGGUCCUCUGCAAGAACACCAAGUACUCUUAACCACUGAGCCACCUCUCCACCCCGUAUUUGUUGAUGUAUUUGAGACAGGCCUUGCUGGCCUGGAACUUGACCUAGCCUUGAUCUCAGAGAUCUCCCUGCCUCUCACACCUGAACACUGGGAUUAAAGGCAUAAACCACCACACCAAGUUGACUUUUUUUAAAUUAUGCAUAUGUCUGUGUGGGUAUAUACAACUGAAGUACAGUUGUGCUUAGAGGACAGAUUAGGGCACCAAAUUCCCUUUAGAUGGAGUUGCAAGCACUUAGGAGCUGUCCUCUAGGUGUUGGGAACUGAACUCAGGUCCUUUGGAAAAGCUCAACUGCUGAGGCUCUACAACCCCACAAAUGUAGCCCAGGCAGGCCUCAAACUCAUGAUCUUCCCACCUUUGCCUCUUCCACAUUUCUUUCUGGACUGGUUUACACCACCACAACCAGCUCAUGCAAUAGUUUAUUAUAACCUUUACAUCAUGCCUCUAAGAUGGUUUGUAGUAAAGACCAGUAAGAUGGCUCAGCCCUUAAAGAUUCCUGAUGGCAAGCCUGGUAACCCGAGACCGACAUGGUAAAAAGAGAACAGGCUGUCUCAAGUUGUCCUUCACAUAAGUUCCAUGGCACAUGCAUGCUCACAUACAUACACAGUUAUACUUACAAUAAAUGUCACAUGAAAAGAUCUUCAAGGCAACCCUUAGUGCAAUGCAAAGAGGCAGAUUUCUGAAUCACAAAGACCAGGUAUAAGGCCCAGGUCCAGUACUUAUUUAUUAGUUUUGUGACCCUGGUCAAGUCAUUUCCCUUUUCUCAUCUGAAUAUAGAAAUAAGAACCCCACAUUUCAAGGAUUGUUGUAAGGACUCAAAACACAAACACUUAUUCAACAAAUUUAUUGAGAACUGCUGGGACCUAAGCCCCAUAGGAAACAGAGAAGCCAAACACAAAACAGUCUCCAUUCUCAACAAGUUCAGUUUGGAAACAGAAUACAGAGCAACACAGGCAGUAAUUGCCUUAAAACAGGAAAAAACAAAACAAAACAAAAACAAACAGAAAGGAUGUAGUGUUCAAAAUCCUGGAAUCAGAACCAGGCAGGGUAGGAGAGCACAAGCCUCCAUGAGGAGAAGAGCUGGGGUGACCAUCGAGGAGGGUUCUUGCCACGCACAGCCACAUCCCCCUCAGUCGCCAGCUCACUGCAGGCUGGCCC